UCCGCCGGUAAAAACUGCGACGCGCACCGCCGCUGUCACACUUCAACAGUGCUAAGCGACACGGAACACCGACACCGAAGAACCGAGAGAACCGAGAGAACCAUGCCGUCCAUGCGACACUCCUACACGGUGACAGUCCCGGGACAUGCCGCCGGUCUGCUGCUGGACGAACCGGAGCUGCGGCGGAAGCAGCAGCUGUCCCGGUCCAUGCUGGUGUCCACCUUCAUGGGUCUGAUCAUCAACCCGGCCAAGAGCAAGAAUCCUCAGGGUCUGGUGGGUUUAAGGAACCUGGGCAACACGUGUUUCAUGAACUCCAUCCUGCAAUGCCUGAGCAACACGUCGGAGCUGAGAGACUACUGCCUGAGGAACGUCCACCAUGUGGAGCUGAACGGGAGGAGCAACGUGGCCCUCAUGGAAGAGUUUGCCAAGCUGACUCAGAGUCUGUGGACGUCUGCGACCAACGAGGCCAUCAGUCCCUCUGAGUUCAGGAACCAGAUCCAGAAAUUUGCCCCAAAGUUUGUUGGUUGCAACCAGCAGGACGCCCAGGAGUUCCUGCGCUUCCUGUUGGAAGGCCUCCACAACCAGGUGAACCGGGCCACCGUCUGCCGAAAGGUGUCCGUAGAGGACGUUGACCGCCUAGCCGAUGAUGAAAAAGCCAGGCGGAUGUGGAACAUGUACCUGGAGAGGGAGGACAGUAAAGUUGUGGACCUGUUUGCUGGGCAGCUGAAAAGCUCUCUGACCUGCACCGUCUGCGGCUUCCGCUCCACCGUCUUCGAGCCGUUCUGGGACCUCUCCAUACCCAUCGCUCAGAAGAGCUCUGGUGAAGUGACUCUGAAAGACUGCUUGAGGCUCUUCACCAGAGAAGAUGUGCUCGACGGAGAAGAAAAACCGACGUGCAACAAAUGCAAAGCCAGAAGAAAAUGCACAAAGAGGUUCAGCAUCCAGAGGUUCCCCCAGAUUCUCGUGCUUCACCUGAAGCGCUUCUCAGACAUGAACGUCCGAGCGAGCAAACUUUCCACCUACGUGGACUUUCCUCUCAAAGACCUGGACCUGCGGGAGUUUUCGGCGGCGAGCUGCGAGCGUCCCGUCUACAACCUCUACGCCGUGUCCAACCACACCGGGAACACCCUGGGAGGCCAUUACACGGCGUCCUGCAGGAACCCGGCGCUGGGGGAGUGGUACAGCUACAAUGACUCCAGGGUGAGCCCCAUGUCGUCCAGCCAGGUGCGCAGCAGCAACGCCUACGUCCUCUUCUACGAGAUGGCCAACUCCUCGCACGGCAAGUACCAGACGUGUCGGCUGUAGACGGCGAGGCGGAGGAGUGAACUGCACCCAACUGAGCCUGACCUGGACCCUGCCUGCAGACAGAGGGGCGGAGAGCUCCCUCUAGUGGAGAGGAAACUGACAUUACAAACUGUGAAGACGGAGCAGAAAGCUGAUAUUAUGGAUGGAGCUUAAAGAACUGGAAAAAAUGCAUCUUCAUGAAAAACUUCUUGAAAAGGGUCAAGAUUGAACAAAAAGUAGUUUUGCAGCCAUUUUUGUACUCCCUCCUGUCGCUUUCCAUUUCAAUAUUUAUAAAUUAUCUUGAAGAACGUCAUGAACAAGACAUAAUUUAUUUUAUUUAAUUGAAUGUAUUUGUUGUAUGUCUUAAUAUUAAUUAAUAUUUUUGACUGGAGUGAUGGCGUGAGGACGUUUUUAAGUGGAAAUAAUAUUUUUGUACAGUAUUUAUGAACAGCAGAGUGAAUGUAAUGUGACCGAAGCGUCUUGCAUCCUUUCCUGCAGGAUGUCGCUGACUUUACACGGAGAAUCUGUAAAUGAUUAAAAGUCAUCACUAACUGACUCAGU